AUGCAGACUGCUUCUACAAACAUUUGUGAAAGAAUGGGUCGCUCUCAGGAGAUCAGUGAAUUCAAGAGUGGUACCAUGAUAGGCUGCCACCUGUGCAAUAAAUCCAUCCGUGAAAUUUCCUUGCUACUAAAUAUUCCACAGUCAACUGUUAGUGGUAUUGUAACAAAGUGGAAGCAACUGGGAACAACAGCAACUCAGCCACCAAGUGGUAGGCCACGUAAAAUUACAGAGCAAGUUGCAAACGUUCUGCAGAGUCAAUAGCUAAAGACCUCCAAACUUGUUCCAAUGAAAGGAACUCUUAAGGUGUCAGCAUACCAAGACAUUUUGGACAACUUUGUGGGAACAGUUUUGGGAUGGACCCUUCCUGCUUCAACAUGACUGCCC